AUGACUAGCCUUUUUAAGCUGUUUGGGGCUUUGGAGGUGUUGCCGGUAGAGAAGAUUAAGGGUAUGCCAGUCAACCAAGUAAAGGAGUUGAAGGGAAAGUUGCUGAAAGGAACUAAACAAAUAAAAGGCUUAACUUACCACCAAGGUCGUGGCAAAGAACUAGAAAUUAAAAGAAUAGCCCGACUUUUUGCCGAAAAGCAGAAAAUCAAAGUUGAGACGUUGGACGAUUACACCUUACCUUUUGUGCUAGAUAGUUUAUCCAGGGAAGACCAAGAAAGAUUAACUAACCUCUUAAAUCCUACCACUAACCAGGAUGAAGAAAGAGAUUGGGGAAACCUCGGCACCAAAGCUUUCGUUUCCACUAAAAGAACUAGUCAGAAUAAAUACCGAUUGUCAAUUUACGUUAAUGAUAAUCCAAACCAAGCCGGAGUUGCCCAAAUAAUCGAGAAAUUAAUCGAGUUAGGUUUUAAUGAAAGUGAGAUUAAGAACCCUCACCUCAAUCCCAACCACUUUGAAAUCCGCGAAAGAGGCUUAUCCUACCAAGGAGCCAAAAGGAUUGAUUUUUACGACUUAUUUAGCUAUCAGAGAGCGAGAGGAGCCAUUGCCCGCACUGUCUACCAAGAAAUCGUCUUUGAGGAAGCCAUUCCUAUCGACCAAGAAUUCCUCUAUGUCGGAGCUAACCCUUAUUUAUUUAGUGCUUGGUUUUUGGACGUCUUCCCUAAUCUCCAUAAACUCCGCAAAGCUGCCGAAGAACUAAAAGCCAAGAAUGACAAUAGUGGUGUGCUAGCAAUCGCCCAAGACGAGAAUGGGGUGGAGUGGCUCUUAUAUCUCAACUUAAUCGAAGGAGAACAUGAUGCUCAUAGUUUGAGUUUAGAGGAGAAGAUUAACCCCAGCACGGUCAACUGGGAUGAGUUCAUGAUUGACGAACCGAAAAAAUACCAAAUCCUUUACUCCCUCCAAGACUUCUUUUUCUGUGAGCUAGGAGAAAGAAAGGCUCAUAAGAAAUACUGCCUUAUGUAUUUCACUAAGAAUAGGAAGGAAACUGAUAGCACUCUCAUUAACUUUUGCUUUUCUUGGGAAGCAGUAGCCAAGUCUAAAUUAAAGAAUUGCCGACUAAGAAAAAAGGAAGACUUAAUUAAGAAAUGA